AUGGCCGACUGUAGUGAAAGUCGUAAACGUAAAAACAACAGCAGCAUCAACGACCUCAAUGAAAAUGAAAAUGAUAAUGCGGGGAGCAGUAAAGUUGUAAAAACGAAAACACGAUACUAUCAGGACAGUUACUUGAAUUAUGGGUUUACAUUUGUUGACAAAAAAGGUAUUCAGCACCCGCGAUGUUUGUUGUGUGGUGAUAUCCUUGCAAAUGAAGCCAUGGUUCCAAGCAAAUUGCAACGUCACUUUCAAACCAAGCAUCAGAAUGCAAAUAACAAGAACUCGGCAUAUUUUAGGCGUUUAAUGGACAGCCAGCAGAAGCAAGCACAGCUGUUUAUGAAAACUGUGUCGGUGUCAGACAAAGCCCAGUUGGCUAGUUUUGAAGUCGCAGAACUGGUUGCCAUGGCAAUGAAACCACACACCAUAGUCGAAUCUUUGAUUAUGCCAGCAUGCAAGAUAAUGGUGAAAACGAUGCUUGGUGACGAUGCAGAAAAAGUGAUAUCCAAAAUGCCAUCAUCAAACAACACCGUUUCUAGGAGGAUAGAAGCCAUGUCAUCUGACAUCAACAACAACGUGUGCAUUUUGCUUCAGACCUGUAAACGAUUUGCUCUGCAGAUCGAUGAGUCUACAGAUGUUAGUGGAAAAUCCCAGUUGCUGGCCUUUGUAAGGUUUUCGAACGGCACAAAAAUGUUGGAACAGUUUCUGUUUUGCAAGGGACUUAUUGAAACGAAGGGAGAAGAUGUAUUUAAACAUGUUUGCACGUUUUUCAGUGAGAAUGAUUUGUUGUGGGAAUGGUGUGUUGCUAUUUGCACAGAUGGUGCUCCAUCUAUGACCGGCAAAAUGCGUGAUUUCACGGCAUUUGCUAAACGUGAAAAUCCGAACAUAAUCACCACCCAUUGUUUCAUACAUAGAGAAGCACUUGUGAGCAAGACGCUGGGAAGUGAACUGCAGUCAGUUUUAGAUCAGGUCGUUAAAAUUGUUAACUUCAUCAAAGUCCGUCCAGUCAAGUGCAGACUGUUUGAGAAACUGUGCAAAGACAUGGGAUCAGAACAUUACACUCUGCUAAUGCAUGCAGAAGUCAGAUGGCUGUCAAGAGGUAAAGUUCUGUCACCGGUGUAUGAACUGAGAGAUGAACUCCGCCAGUUCUUUCUUAAUGAACAAGCAAACAAUGAGUUUGUAACACUGUUGGCUGAUCCAACAUGGUGCAGUAAACUUGCAUAUCUCGUUGACAUUUUUGAAGUAUUGAAUGCAUUGAAUUCGGGCAUGCAGGGCAAUGAUUCGAACAUACUGUCUGUUACUGACAAGCUGCAAACUUUCCGUCGUAAACUUCUUAUGUGGACAAGUGAAAUAGAAACAACCCAUUUAAUUUGCAUGUUUCCUCGUGCAGUACAGGCUGAUCCUGGCGCAGUCGUGUUGCAUGAUGUCAUUGUUAAGCAUUUGGCACAGUUGGGAGACAAUUUGCAAUAUUACUUUCCAAGUUUAGACAUCCCUGGCAAUGACUGGAUAAGGAACCCAUUCCAUCAGCAGUUGGACUUGUCUAACUUACAUAUGACAGAGAAAGAACAGCUACUUGACAUUGCGAGUGACCGAACAUUACAGCUGAAGUUUAAGGACACGAAUUUAACAGAGUUUGGGAUUAUGGUUGAAAAGGAACAUCCUGUGUUAGGUGCUAAAGCUGUCGGCAUACUUGUUCCAUUCUCCACCACUUAUCUGUGUGAAAAGGCAUUCUCGGCAUUGACACUACUGAAGACAAAACACAGAGGAUGUUUAUUGUCAGUUGAAAAUGACUUACGAGUGUGUUUGUCAACUGCAGUUCGAGCUCGUAUUGACAAACUUUCAAAUUCUCUUCGAAGCCUGCCUUCGCAUUAA